GAAAAUUCUGCCUCUGAAGAACCGUAAAUAGAAUGUUUGUCAGUGUUUUUGUUUUUACAAAAUACUGGUUUGUAAAAAUGUGAAUAUAUGAGGUUCAUGCAAUGGAUAUGUCAGAUGCGGUAACAGCCAAAUCUAGCCGGCUAAAAUCUGUUGUGUGGAAUGAUUUUGAUAGGGUUAAAAAAGGCGAUGCCUGUGUGGCUAUAUGUAGGCAUUGUAAAAAGAGGUUGAGUGGAUCUAGUAGUAGUGGAACAUCUCAUUUAAGGAACCAUUUGAUCAGGUGUCUGAGGAGAUCUAACAAUGGAAUAUCACCAUCCGUUUCAGCAAGGGAAAAGAGGAAGGAAGGGGCUCUUGCAAUAUCAAAUAUCAGUUUUGAUCAAGAUCAGAAAAAGGAUGAUGACCUUAGCCUUGUGAACAUUAAAUUUGAGCAGGAGCAGUUGAAAGAUGACAUAUUCAGCAAUGGAAACAAGAACUUUGAUCAAAGACGGAGCCAAUUGGAUCUUGCUCGCAUGAUUAUCUUGCAUGGAUAUCCAUUGACUAUGGUCGAGCAUGUUGGUUUUAAAGUAUUUGUGAAAAAUCUUCAGCCACUGUUUGACCUUGUGACAGUGAAUAGCAUUGAGGCUGACUGCAUUGAGCUCUAUGAGAAAGAGAAACAGAAGAUGAAUGAAAUGUUGGAUAAAUUACCUGGUAAAAUCAGCCUUAGUGCUGAUGUGUGGAUGGCUAUGGGUGAUACUGAGUAUCUGUGUUUGACAGCAAAUUACAUAGAUGAAUCAUGGCAGUUGAGAAAGAGAAUCCUAAAUUUUAUCAUGAUCGAUCCUUCUCAUACUGAAGACAUGCUUUUGGAGGCUAUUACGACGUGUCUGAUGGACUGGGAUAUUGACCGUAAGUUAUUUUCCAUGACAUUGGAUACUUGUUCCACCAAUGAUAACAUCGCCAAGAGAAUUGGUGAGCGUCUUUCACAGAAUAGGUUCCUUUAUUGUAAUGGUCAAUUAUUUGAUAUACGCUGUGCUGCAAAUGUUAUUAAUAUAAUGGUUCAGGAUGCUCUGGGAGCAGUAAGUGACAUAGUCAAUAAGGUUCGAGAAAGUAUUCGUUAUAUUAGAAGUUCACACUCUGUAUUGGAAAAGUUCAAUGACUUGGUUAAAGAAGUUGGGAUCCAGAGUAAAAAAUAUUUAUUUCUUGAUAAUCAAAUGCAAUGGAAUUCCACCUAUUCAAUGCUUGAGACUGCCUUGGAAUUCAGGGAUGUACUUACUCUUCUACAAGAAAAUGACAAUGCGUACAGAAUCAGUCUUUCCAAUGUAGAGUGGGAGAGAGCGACUGCAGUCACUAGUACUUGA